AUGGACAAAGAUUGCGACAUAGUAUAUAAGAAUGUUUCUGACAUAUAUAAAUCUGAAGAAUUUAAGACCUACGACAACUUUGUUUCGUUAGUUGCUGAAUGUGUAUGGCAGAUAAGAGAUAAAGAUAGAAGAGGCAAAGUAUGGAACAAACAAAUAAAACCAGCAACUUUUGAGAUGAAGAGAGCAAUUGACGCUUUAGUUGUUUUAGCAGGUAAGGUUUCAGAAUAUAACGCAAAAAUGAACCCGCAAUGUUCUAAAUGUAAAGCAGCAAUGAGGAAAUAUAACUACUCCGUCAAAGAGAUAGAACGUAUGAGAAACGACUAUGCAGACUUAAAGAAAGAUAUGUCAAACAAUGAGUUUGAAACAGUUAAAAAGAUAGACAAUGACACCAAAUUGGUUAGAAUUGGUGAUUUAAACGUAAGAUACUCAAAGAAAUACAACAAAUAUUCUUUGUCAGACAUUAUAUCUCCAUCUGGAAAGAGACCGCAGGACUGGGUUAAAAUUGCUUCUACUCAGAAAAUUUUGACAAGAAAUCCUGAGCUUAUGAUAUCGGUAAAAUUCUAUGGAACUGCAGCAUAUCUUAUAGACAAAAGUCUUAUACCAAUAGUUUUGUUAUGGAUUGACCCAGUUGUUGGAUAUAACUUCAUAACAUAUGGUUCAUUCGAUACGGAACGUUGCAGUGAAGGCUUACUUUACAUC